AGAAAACGUCAUUGUUGUGUAAAGUUUGAAUCUUGAGCAUGUUAUACCUGUAAAUGGAGGAGAACAAUGACAAAGGCUAUGGCUGCACUUUCUUUGAGGCUCCUUUCUUUUCUUUGUUGUCUCUUUCUCAUAUUCAUAUCGGAAGCUAGCGAUUGGGUAUGCGAUUACAGCAAAGUCGGAAACUACACAGUGAACAGCCCGUAUCACAAAAACCUCCACACCCUUUUAUCCAGUUUCUCUUCCCGCACAGAAAUCAACUACGGUUUCUACAAUUUCUCAUAUGGUCGAGACCCAGACAAAGUGUAUGCCGUUGGGCUCUGCAGAGGCGAUCAAAAACAGGAUGAAUGCCUCAACUGUCUCAACCACACCAGAGGCGUUUUAGCAGAGCACUGUCCAAACCAGAAAGAAGCAAUUGGGUGGGGUGCAGAGUGCAUGUUACGCUACUCAAACCGCUCCAUAAUUGGCAUUGUGGAAAAUGAACCUUUUCAGGUACCAUUUUACACAUUGAAUGUAACGGGUCGGGUGAACCCAUUCAAUGCAGUGCUUCAAAGCUUGAUGAGGAAUCUAACAAGCAUAGCUGCAUCAGGUGACUCUCGUCGAAAGUAUGCUACAGGCAGUGCACCUGCUCCAGAAUUUCAAAAAAUAUAUGGUUACACGCAGUGCACGCCUGAUUUGACAUCUGAAGAUUGCACUAACUGCUUGAAGGAAGCUAUGGCGUUGAUCCUUGAUUGUUGUAGUGGACGGUCUGGAGGCAUUGUUUUAAAACCCAAUUGUAGAAUUAGAUUUGACCCCAAAAUCUUUUACGGACCUACGGUGAAGUUGCUCCCAUAUGCGCCAGCGCCAGCGCCACCAUCACCAUCCACCACCAACGCCUCUUCCUCACAAGGAAAGAGCCACACAUCACGAACCGUUAUCACCAUAGCAGUGCCAGUUGCCUGUUUUGUUUUGGUGUUCCCUCUUCUAUGCAUCUAUUUAAGUGGGAGGAAGCCAAGAAAAAAGGAUGAAUUUAAAAGAGAAGAAGAUAGUGAUGAUGAAAUUACAUUUAUUGAGUCACUGCAAUUCAACUUUGACACCUUACGAGUUGCUACAAAUGAAUUUGCUGAGUCUAACAAACUUGGACACGGUGGGUUUGGAGUUGUUUACAGAGGUAAGCUAAGCAACGGACAAAUGAUUGCUAUGAAAAGGUUGUCAAGGGGUUCUGGGCAAGGACAUGUGGAGUUUAAAAAUGAAGUAGUUUUAGUCACCAAGCUUCAGCACCGAAAUUUAGUUCGGUUACUUGGGUUCUGUUUUGAAGGACAAGAACGACUCCUUGUGUAUGAGUAUCUUCCCAAUAGAAGUCUUGACAACUUCAUAUUUUAUCCCACGAAGCAUGCACAUUUAGAUUGGAAAACACGCUACAAAAUAAUUGGAGGCAUUGCUGGAGGUCUUCUUUAUCUUCAUCGGGAUUCUCGACAACGGAUCAUCCAUUGUGAUCUCAAAUUGAGUAAUGUUCUUUUAGAUGCCCAAAUGAAUCCCAAGAUUUCAGACUUUGGCUUGGCAAAGUUGUUUGAGAUAGAACUUACUCACGCAAGUAAAAUUGCAGGAACAUUGGGAUACAUGGCACCUGAGUAUGCAAGGCAUGGAAAACUCUCAAUGAAGUUAGAUGUAUUUAGUUUUGGUGUAAUACUACUAGAGAUUGUAAGUGGCCAAAAGAAUGGUGGAUUCCGAAAUGGGGAGAAUGUGGAGCAUCUACUAAGCUUUGCUUGGAAAAACUGGAGGAAAGGGACGGCAGAUAGUAUUAUAGAUCCUGUCUUAAAUAAUGCUUUGAGAGGAGAAAUAGUGAGAUGCAUUCACAUUGGACUACUUUGUGUUCAAGAAAAAGCUGAUGAUAGACCAACAAUGGCUGAGGUGGUGCUUAUGCUUGAUAGCCACUCUUUUUCUCUACCAGUUCCAUUGCAACCUGCCUAUUUUAUGAUUAAUGGAUGUUCAUCAGUCAUUCAGUUUUCGGAGUUCGGUUCUGUGGAAACAGGAUCAAAUGAACAGAAAAUUGACUUUGCUGAUGCAUCAACAAACGAGGUUUCAAUUAGUGGUUUAUAUCCUCGUUAGAUGUAAAUUAUAUGAUCAUAGUCAAAGGUAACAACCAUAAAUGUAUCAUGAAAAACAGUUUUUUAGUGCUUGCUAUGAGAAGAAGGAAGAAUUGUUCAACACCAUUUCGGUGAAAA